CUGUGCCGUGCCGGGCGGCGGGGGCGGCGCAGAGCAGCGCAGCAGCGGCGGCAGGGCUGGCAGCCGGGCACUCAGCGCAGGAGCAGCGGCAGGAGGAAAUACUGGAUAGAUUGCACAAUGGAGGACGGGAAGCCCGUUUGGGCUCCACACCCAACUGAUGGGUUUCAGAUGGGGAUGAUUGUGGACAUCGGCACUGACAACUUAACUAUUGAACCUUUGAACCAGAAAGGCAAGACUUUCCAGGCUGCUAUCAAUCAAGUGUUUCCUGCGGAAGAGGACAGCAAGAAGGAUGUAGAAGAUAAUUGUUCCCUUAUGUAUUUAAAUGAGGCCACUCUCCUUCACAAUAUCAAAGUGCGAUACAGUAAGGAUAGAAUUUACACCUAUGUAGCCAACAUUCUUAUUGCAGUGAAUCCAUAUUUUGAUAUACCUAAGUUUUAUUCUUCAGACACUAUUAAAAAGUACCAGGGUAGAUCACUUGGAACAUUGCCACCACACGUUUUUGCUAUUGCUGAUAAAGCAUUCCGUGACAUGAAGGUGCUGAAGAUGAGUCAGUCCAUCAUAGUCUCUGGGGAAUCAGGAGCUGGCAAGACAGAAAACACGAAAUUUGUUUUGAGGUAUUUGACAGAAUCCUAUGGUACUGGGCAAGAUAUUGAUGACAGAAUUGUAGAAGCAAACCCCCUGUUGGAAGCCUUUGGAAAUGCAAAGACUGUUCGCAACAACAACAGCAGUCGUUUUGGGAAAUUUGUUGAAAUUCACUUCAAUGAAAAGAAUUCGGUGGUCGGUGGAUUUGUAUCGCAUUACCUUUUGGAGAAAUCUAGGAUCUGUGUGCAAGGCAAAGAGGAGAGGAAUUAUCAUAUCUUUUACAGGCUUUGUGCUGGUGCUCCAGAAGACAUUAGGGAAAAACUGUAUCUAAGCUCUCCUGACAACUUUAGGUAUUUAAAUCGAGGCUGUACCAGAUACUUUGCUAACAAAGAAACAGACAAGCAGAUUUUGCAAAACCGCAAGAGUCCUGAGUAUCUCAAAGCAGGUUCCUUGAAGGAUCCACUCUUAGAUGAUCAUGGAGAUUUCAACAGAAUGUGCACAGCAAUGAAAAAGAUUGGACUGGAUGAUGCAGAAAAACUUGAUCUUUUUAGAGUAGUGGCUGGUGUCCUUCACCUUGGAAAUAUUGAUUUUGAGGAAGCUGGAAGCACUUCAGGGGGCUGCACGGUGGGGCCGCGGAGCGAGCCGGCGCUGGAGUGCUGCGCGACGCUGCUGGGGCUCGACCGGGAGGACCUGCGCGGCAGCCUAACCACGCGCGUCAUGCUCACCACGGCAGGGGGCGCCAAAGGAACAGUCAUCAAGGUGCCUUUGAAAGUGGAACAAGCAAACAACGCUCGUGAUGCCUUGGCUAAAACGGUGUAUAGUCAUCUGUUUGACCAUGUAGUGAAUAGGGUAAACCAGUGUUUUCCAUUUGAGACUUCUUCUUUCUUCAUUGGUGUUCUAGAUAUAGCUGGUUUUGAAUACUUUGAACACAACAGUUUUGAGCAAUUCUGUAUUAACUACUGUAAUGAAAAACUGCAGCAGUUUUUUAAUGAAAGGAUCCUGAAAGAGGAGCAAGAGCUUUACCAAAAGGAAGGCCUGGGGGUUAAUGAAGUGCGCUAUGUAGAUAAUCAGGACUGUAUAGAUUUGAUUGAAGCAAAAUUAAUAGGUGUACUGGAUAUUUUGGAUGAAGAAAAUCGUCUUCCCCAACCAAGCGACCAGCAUUUUACUUCAGUUGUGCACCAAAAACACAAGGACCAUUUCAGGCUCUCUAUUCCUAGAAAGUCUAAAUUGGCUGUUCACAGAAAUAUCAGAGAUGACGAAGGCUUUAUUAUCCGGCAUUUUGCAGGAGCAGUAUGCUAUGAGACAAUGCAAUUUGUGGAAAAAAACAACGAUGCUUUGCACAUGUCCCUUGAAUCUCUUAUAUGUGAAUCCAAGGACAAGUUUGUUCGACAGCUGUUUGAAUCUAACACUAACAACAACAAGGAUCCCAAACAAAAAGCUGGGAAACUUAGUUUCAUCAGUGUAGGAAACAAAUUCAAGACACAGUUAAAUUUGCUUCUUGAGAAGCUUCACAGUACUGGGUCUAGCUUUAUUCGCUGUAUCAAACCUAAUUUAAAGAUGACAAAUCACCAUUUUGAAGGAGGACAGAUUCUUUCUCAGCUUCAGUGUUCAGGAAUGGUGUCCGUUCUGGAUUUGAUGCAAGGUGGUUUCCCAUCACGAGCUUCAUUUCAUGAACUAUAUAAUAUGUACAAGAAAUACUUGCCUGAAAAAUUGGCUCGACUGGAUCCUAGGCUGUUUUGCAAGGCACUGUUUAAAGCCUUGGGACUGAAUGAAAAUGAUUACAAAUUUGGGCUAACCAAGGUGUUUUUUAGACCUGGCAAGUUUGCAGAGUUUGAUCAGAUAAUGAAGUCUGAUCCGGAUCACUUAGCAGAACUUGUGAAACGAGUGAAUCGCUGGCUCAUUUGCAGUCGUUGGAAGAAAGUUCAAUGGUGUUCUCUGUCAGUGAUUAAAUUAAAAAAUAAGAUAAAAUAUCGAGCCGGUGCCUGCAUUAAGAUACAAAAGACUAUUCGUAUGUGGCUGUGCAAGCGAAAACACAAACCACGCAUUGAUGGUCUGAUAAAAGUGCGUACACUGAAGAAGAGACUUGAUAAAUUUAAUGAAGUAGUAAGUGUUCUGAAGGAGGGUAAGGCAGAGACAAGCAAGCAGGUCAAGGAGCUGGAGUAUUCUAUUGAUGCAUCAAUGACCAAAAUUAAGACCACUAUAAUGACUAGGGAACAGAUACAAAAGGAAUAUGAUGCUCUAGUGAGAAGCUCAGAGCAGCUUCUGAGUGCACUGCAAAAGAAGAAGCAGCAAGAGGAGGAAGCAGAGAGGCUACGACGCAUCCAGGAAGAAAUGGAAAAAGAAAGAAAGAGACGUGAAGAGGAAGAAAAACAACGAAGGAAGGAUGAAGAAGAAAGACGUCUGAAAUCUGAGAUUGAGGCAAAGAGGAAACAGGAAGAGGAAGAGAGGAAAAAGAGGGAAGAGGAAGAAAAGCGUAUUCAGGCUGAAAUUGAAGCUCAGCUAGCUAGAGAACAAGAAGAGGAAACCAAGCACCAGGCAGUGCUUGAACAGGAACGUCGUGAUCACGAACUUGCAAUGAGAAUUGCCCAGAGUGAGGCAGAACUCAUCCAUGAUGAGGCUCAGCUUGAUUUAGGAUUGCGCAGGGGUCCUUCAGUUCAAGCUACGAAAGCUGCCGCUGGUACUAAGAAGCAUGAUCUCAGUAAGUGGAAGUAUGCAGAGCUUCGUGACACAAUCAACACAUCCUGUGAUAUUGAACUGUUGGCAGCUUGCAGAGAAGAGUUUCACAGAAGGCUAAAGGUGUAUCAUGCUUGGAAAUCCAAGAAUAGGAAACGUAAUGCAGAAGCAGAACAGCGUGCUCCCAAAUCAGUUACAGACUAUGCUCAACAGAACCCAACAACCCAGCUACCAGGCAGACAACAGGAGAUUGAAAUAAACAGGCAGCAGCGUUACUUCCGUAUUCCCUUCAUCCGUCCUGCAGACCAGUACAAAGAUCCCCAGAACAAGAAGAAGGGUUGGUGGUAUGCACAUUUUGAUGGGCCGUGGAUUGCUCGACAAAUGGAACUUCAUCCUGACAAGGCACCCAUUCUUCUUGUAGCAGGUAAGGAUGAUAUGGAUAUGUGUGAGCUUAAUCUUGAAGAGACUGGCUUAACUCGAAAGCGAGGUGCUGAAAUUUUGCCGAGACAAUUUGAAGAGAUUUGGGAGCGCUGUGGAGGUAUCCAGUAUCUUCAGAAUGCCAUUGAAAGCCGACAAGCUCGUCCUACAUAUGCUACAGCUAUGCUGCAGAACCUGUUGAAAUAAAUGGUCAUUUUGCACAGUAGCGUUUGAGAGGAGAACCCUUGCCUGUGAUACAAAGGGAAGAGUUCCUCUGCACGACAGAGGACAUAAACACAUUCUAUAAUCAUAUUAGAGAUGUUUAAUAUAAAGUGAACAGAUUUUAUUAAUCAUGAGGUUUGUUAAUUUGUACUUUAUGACGUUUAAUUUCUGUAGUGACUUUUACUAGGUUUGAGGACCUUGAAGAAACUUCAGUCAGUGUAGCUUGUUGUGUUUCAUUUAUAUGUUGCAUUUUCUUUAACAGUUUCUGUUAUAACUCUUUACAUUUGGGUACAUAUUGCUACCACCUUUUUGUGAAACCCCUCUUUAAAACACUGAGUCCUCAGCUUCAAGUGGUGGCCUAGUAAAGACAUGCUGUUUCUAAUAACUGGAAUCAUGAGGCCUUAGCUUUAACUUCUGUUCUGGAGAAGUUGGAGUGUACUUUUAUAUAAUCUAAGACAUUUUAUGUCCUGAUUUGAAAACUGGUUAGUGUCUGUAUUUACUGACUUUUUCCAGCAAAUGAUGGGAAAUCCUCCUAAAUUUGAGACCCAUAAAUUCCUAUUUAAUGUGUUCUCUGUCUUGGUUUAAGAGAAAUGGGUUUCUGUACAUUCUGAGAAGAGCAUUCAUAUAUGUCAAUACUGUGUAAUAUUGGAGGUACUCAAAGAAUGUACUGCUCAUUAGGGCUUAUACCACUUCUCUGUUAGUUUCUUUUUCGUUCUGUUUUUUCUCUUUCAGUACAAAUUUCCUUAUACUUUUCUUUUCCUGCCCAAAUUUUGAUUAGGAAUUCUUGGACAGAUUGUUUAUCCAGGUAGUAUAAUUUCAAUAUAUUAUGCAAAACUGUCCAAGACUUGUAUCUGGAGGCAUAUAAGAUUCAGGAUAGCAUAAGGGAAAUAUGUUCAGCUUUUGGUGGCAGUAUAACUUACCUGAAUAUAGAGGCCUGAGCCUCAGAGAUCCUGUUUAUUUUAGUUGUAAUGAGAUGCUCAAGGUCUGUAUCUUCUAUAGAUUGUAUAAAACUUUGGUCCAAUAACAUAAUGCAUCAUCUUAAUGCUAUGUGCUGAUGAAAUAGCUACAAUUUUUAGUAUACUGGAAUAUCAUAUUGAUUCAGACACUGAGCUUUAUCUUAAUCUCCUCUGUCAGGUUUCAUAGCUUGCAACAAUUCCCUUAUUAAGCAGUCUGUUAUGGGAGUAUUUUUGGGUGGGAAUUAUUAAUUUCAUUCAGUUUUAAGAUGCAUCUUGUUCACUUAUGCAAACAUUAUUUCACCAUGCUGGCCAUUACGUCAACAAAUUAAACUUGAUUAUUUAUUAUCUUUCUGAUAGGAACUCAAAACAUAAGUAGCUUGAUGUCCAAUUACUAUUCAACCUGAUGUCAACAUGAACUGUUUCUCUAUGAAUUUACAAAGUUUGCUUACACUAUAGAAUAAUUUCCUCAUUGUUUAUUCAGUUUGAAACCUCUUGGAAACUUAAGUAUAUUUAUGCAUUUAAAAACAAAAAUAAUAAAUUUCUCUGAAGCACAGAGAAGGCUCCCAAUGCAUACAUCUUUUCCAAACUCAGAUGGUGGUUGCAUGCCACAGUCUGCUUUUUGUUAUAAAUGCACCCCUUACUGUCAUAUGUGUGGAGAUACUUGAGCAAUAUUUAUGGGCCCACCGCAUCAGGGAAUCUCAGUUUCCCCUACCUACCCACUUCACUCUUCAGUCAUGUGGUUUCAAACAAGAAAAUAUUUUCAUUUUACCCAAAUUCUUCACUGAAGCAGUAAUUUUGUCUGGAAGAUGAAAGGAGAAGUGCAUCAGACUGCUGGCUAGCAAGUUGUGUACAGACCUGUACAGUGUUGCAUGAGUCUAAAGGUUCUGCUUAUGAAAUUAAGAUUACUGCUUUAAUGUGUUACUGAAUUGGAACUUGGUUUCAAGACUGCCUGUCUCCAGAAACUUGGCACUGCAAGAAGCUAUGAUUGUUCAUGAGAUACAAGGAAGAAAAAUCAGUGAACUGAUAGGGUCGAGGUGCCUUGCCCUGUAUUUAUUUCUAUCUGGAUUUAGCUUCUUGACUUAAUAUAUUCAUUCUCAGUUUAUUUAUAUAUAUAUGAAACAGAUCAUAUGAGACUGAACAUGGUAAGCAUGUGUGUAUGUACAUACACUUAUUUUUGCUUAAAUAUUUUAGUAUAUAUAUAUAUGUGUAAACACACUCAUGGGGACCAGUCUGUUCAUUUGAUUAUGCCAGGAUUUCCUUGACUGGCAUCAGAAAGAAUAUCUAUUUUUCAGAAUGGGGUAUGCAAGAAAUCUUGUUAACUAAACGACAAACAAUUAUCAGCUAUCAGGGAAAUUAAAUUGACAUUGAAAUAGUGGAAGAGGAACUGGUGGCUGGAUGUUCUCAAACGAGGUGUUCCCACUUCUCUGCAUUGUUCCUGCAGUAUGCCUUAGACAGGCAGAAGAUGCAUUCCGAAAAUCAGGGUAGUCCAGUUUGUUGGUUGGUUGGUUUUUGUUUUAUUUCUUUUUUUUCUCUGCACCAAAAGCAGAAUCUGCUUUGAGUUUUACUGAACUUUUUGUGCAGCAAAAUUAAUUUUCAGUUCAUUUCAGAUUUUUAUUGGGUUUUUUUACACAUCAGGCAAUAUUGAGCUGCUUACAGAUUGUUUCUAUAGUCCUGUCUACAGUGUCAGAUAAUUAUGCUGCUGGUUAAUUUGGAGAGGAAAUAAAAGGCCUGGGAAGAGGGCUGAUCUGUAGGAUUAUAGUGUUCCUAAUGCCCUUUUGAUCUGUGGUUAUAGCGAAACAUUUAAUUUGUCAUUUUAAAGCGAAGUGAUGAGGUAAACAUGUUGGCUUGGUUCUGUGCGUUUGA